AUGGCAGCAGAGCUGACAUCCACCAAGCUCAACCCGGAGAGCCACAUCAUCCUGGUAAUCAUUACUCCGCACUUCCAUGACGAAGCGGGACCUAAUCGAGACCCUCGCCGCACUCGACGCAAUGAUAUCCAGAAUGCAAGGUCUCAAAAGAAAAUGGAAAGUCUGCAGGAGGAAGAGAAGAAAAUCCACAACCAAUCUCGAAAGCGCAUUCAGCACCUGGAGACACUGCAUAAGAUCCCGAGCCUAGCCGAUGUCAAGUACGACCAGUGGUCAAGGGUACGGCUGGACCGCUUACUGGUUGACCAUAUGCUGCGUUCGGGUUACUCUGAAAGUGCGAAGCAGCUGGCCCAGGAUAGGGGAGUGGAGGAACUCGUGGAUCUCGGUGUAUUCACGCAGUGUCAACGAGUUGUGGAUAGCUUACGGCGCGGGGAAACCAAGGAGGCAUUGCAGUGGUGCGGAGAGAAUAAAGCUGCACUGAAGAAGAGCCAGCAUAAUCUCGAAUUCGAACUCCGGCUGCAGCAAUACAUCGAGAUGGUCCGGACACAAGACAGGUCUAAGAAGAUUGAGGCAAUAAUUCAUGCGAAGAAAUACCUCAUACCGAACCAUCAAUCUCAGAAUUCCGAGAUUAUGCGGGCCGCCGGAUUACUGGUUUUCACACAGGAUACAAGAGCCGAGCCUUACAAAUCUCUCUUUGCGUUGGACCGCUGGAGGUUUCUUGCGCAACUUUUUAUCCAGACUCACCAUGAACUGCUUUCACUGCCGUCACAACCAUUAUUACAUAUUGCACUUUCCGCAGGACUUUCAGCUCUUAAAACACCUCUGUGCCAUUCAGCGUAUACAUCGUCCAGCUCAAACUCACAGUCAACGUCGACAUCUGUGUGUCCUAUCUGCUCAACAGAACUGAAUGAGCUUGCACGCAAAAUGCCAUACGCCCACCACUCAAAGAGCUACGUGGAAAGCGACCCAAUAGUUCUACCAAACGGCCGAGUCUACGGGAAGCAAAGACUGAUGGAGAUCAGCCGGAAGAUGGGUUCAGUAGGACCAGGCAACGUCAAAGACCCAACAACAGGAGAGGUUUUCCACGAGGGCGAGAUGAAGAAAGUGUACAUUAUGUGA